AUGUUGUGCGCAAAAUACAGCGUGGAGGAACUAGAAGAUUGGCUCAAUCUAAAUGGUUUGUCCCCUCAAGUUUGUGACGCCCUGCGAGGUUAGUGGACAACACUUUUCUCCAGAAAAUGUAAUUGAGUUUCUCUGCAAAUGAAAGUUUUCACCCUGGUGCAAAGUUGUGCAGGCCAAAAAAUGGCACACGUGUUAUGGUAAGCUCAGGCGCGGAAAGUCUUGUUUACUGAUUUAGUCCGUACUUGCAUCUGAUACAGAUUUGGAUUGGCUUUCUACAAAACAAUAUCGACUACCGACUUGUAUUUUAGAAAAGAUUCUUCAAGGUGGAAAAGCUUAUUUGACCAAAACAUCAGAAAAAAUAUUUUGCGCGCGCACAGUUUGAAAACUUUCCAUUCAGCCUUUUCCAAAUUUUCAUAUAGGGAUUUUCCUUAGAUUUCCGAUAGAGUCAGUUGUGAGUCUAUCUCUAGAUAAAAUUCUUUGUAACAAGGCGAAUGGCCAAUUUUAAACAUGAAUCUAAGCCAUGAAUAUUGUCAAUUUUCACGUACGUACAGGCUUGCUUUCAAUUCAUUGAUCAUGACGCCAUGACCCGAAUUUUUUCAUUCACCGUUGCUAGCGCUGCUGCGCUGCUGUCACUCUAUAAACCGAGAAGGGUUGGGUACGAGUCUGUUUAUUCUGGGAUAAUAUAUAGAUUUAGCCAGGUCUAAAAGCGAAGCUCUCUUUAAUAUUUAUAGAUUCCUCAAAGAAAAUAUAAAAUCGAGUAAUGCUAAAGACAAGUUGAAAGCAACGAGAACGGUAAAAACAACAACAAUAGAUCUAAUUAGCAAAAAAAAAACAACUUUGCACGUGCAGCACACUUUUUUUUUCUAAUUAGCAAAAAAACAACUCUGCACGUGCAGCAGUUUUUUUUGUACAUUUCCUUACCGUUGUUUAAACGUGAAACUUCUUUUACCUUCCUAUUUACGCGUUUUAUGGAGAAAAUGUUUGUGUUCCUGUUCACUCUGUUUUUCACUGCCGCUCCUUUUUCACAUUAGUUGCCGCUAGCAUUUCUCGUUUUCUAACCGCCGCUAUAUAAUUUUCAUGUUUUUCUUCCAACGAAGUUAGUCUCAGUUGUUAUUUAUUUCUCACUCCUGACAAGUGGGAAACUUGAAGGCUUACAUGAAGUGUGUACGGGUGGCCGGGCGGGCGUACGCUACGUGAAAGCCAAAUUUUGUCGGAUGGAUAGUUUACCAAAUUUUCUUACCCAUGGUGCGCCGCUGGCGCGCUUCCCGCGCGAGAGCUCCGCUUAAAAACACGGGACUCACAUAGUCAGAAAAAGGACUUGGGGAAAAAUAUUGGUUUAGGGGGAAAUUAUUGAUUUAGGGGAGGGGUAGGUGGGCAGUCUUCCAGAAACGAGAAAUGAUUAAAUUUAAGUGCAAGCGCUUGCGGCUGUCGGACAGGCCCGAAAACUAGUUCCCAGUCUCCCCAAAAUCUGCGAAGUCUUAGCAAAAGGGCACAAGUCUCUCAUCUAUCUAUCUUAACCUUUUUUGCGACAAGCAGUGGACUAGCUGGGUACAAACACCUCAAAUUUGAACCUAACUCCUCAAAGAGCACCCAAGCAUUAGUAAAAAAUCAGUGUAGAAAUAAUAAUUGCAAAAAGGUAACUCCAAGGUUGGCAUUAGAUGCCAGAUUAAGAUAGACUUAUGUGGUUUACAAACCAUAUCAAAUGCCACCAAAACACUGACAUUGGUAACCUUACUAACAUUUGGAUACUCUUUCGGGUGUCACACUCAGUUUUUUUCUAUGGUUAUUUUGCAUGUCUGUUCCCAGUCCCCUACUUUUUUACUCUCUGCCCAGAGCAAACAGGAAUUCACAGAGGAAGGUGAAUGGGAGGGGGUAGGGGGGGGGCACUGACACUUUAUCUUGAUCAACAGAAUGUCUAAAUGGGAAAAAGGUGAAUAUAAUGUAGCAAGCUCUAUAACAGAAUACCAGUUUAUUUAAAGACAGGUUACAUAGUAUACUGUUUCACAUAAGAUCUCUGAACAACAACAAAUUUGAAAAGCAACAACAUUAGAAUUCUUUAAGAACUUGGUGGAAAAUGUUUAUUGGUUUUUAAAUGUGGCAGGCUCAGCAGUUGGGAAAACAGGCCAAAAACAUUUAUCAGGGGUGGGUAAGGGUGGGUGUCUUCAUUCCUUUUUUUAGACAUUUUUCCUCACAGCGGAGCCUUAAGUACAACGCUAGGAUAUGUUUCAGUAAGUUGGUAGAGGCAUGUUCGUAACAGAUUGGUGAAAGAGUCAUACCAUAAUGUAAACCAUGCAUGACUCCAUUAUUUACACAAAAAGGCACAUUAUAAAAUGACCAUGAAAAAUCCUAAGAAAUAAAUGAUGCUUAUCAAAAGUCUGCUGAACAAGUUUUAUUUUGAAUUUACAGAAUCAUGAUCUAACACAACUUAGAAACAUUAGACUGUCACGCGACAUUAUUGUAAAAGGACUAUUCUUUGCAAUUUUUCUUCAUUAAUGGACUGCACGUAAUAAGAUUUGAAUGAAAUUAUGUCUUUUUCAUCUGUAUCAUUUUUUUUUAAUGCCAACAGAUAACAACAUAAAUGGCAAAACCUUCCUGAAACUGAGAAGAUCAGACCUACUUGAUCUGUUCCCUGACAAUUUUCUGAUGAGGAAAGAAGUCUCUGAUUUUUUGGAGGACUUGGUAGGAGAAAUAUUAACUAGUGCAUUUUAUUCUAAAUUUGCAUUCUGUGUACAGUUUUCAGCAUCCUACUUACAAGCACAGUCAUGCAUUGCUGCUGUCUGUUUUGUUAAGAUCCUCUCCUUCUUUCACUUGCCAGAAAACAGGGGACUUGCAGCCAACACCAUUGCCAUUGGAUUUACACCAGGCACGUGUAGCUAUGUUCUUUAUAAAUUCUGUAACAGCUGUACAUGUACUUCUCUCAAAAUUUUAGUAGUUGAAAGCUUGCAGCGAGUUCCAAAAAAAGUAUAUAAUACUUCAACCACCAAAGGACAAAAAUAGAAAUGCCCAUUGCUUUCAUAGUAACAUUCUCGCAUAUCAUUGAAAGUCCUGUUCUUAAGAAAAUGGCUCCUUGCCCACAAAAAUGUUCCAUCUCAUCAGUUUAGAAUGAUAUUUGUCAAUCAUAUGUACUGCAGGCAACUUCUGAUACACCAAUUCAAGCCAUCCAGAUGACGCAAAGUGAAAAGCAGGGGGCUACAACAUUAACAAAGAGAAAAGAGAAGGUAUGAGCUAACAUGUAUUUACUGGCAUUUUAUACUUUCCUACAAAGUUACAUUUCAGAUAUUACAAUUACCAUUGAAAUGGUAUACUCUAUCUUUUAUGACCAGCUAUUUAGCAUUGGUGCAGGCCUGUCCAUCAUACACUGUAGUUUUAUGUUUAUCAAUGGUCCAUAUAGUUUUCUUAAACUUAAGGUAUCCUUUUUCUCCGGCAAAGGUAUGACUUUUUUCCAAACAUUUUGAGAAAACCAAAAACUGUCAAGUAAAAAAAAAAUAACCCUUGGGCUUUGUUGCUGAUUGGUAACAUAAGAUAGCAUCCUCAAAAAAUAUUAACAGAGCAGAUACCUAAGAAAACUGCACCUUGUUCACACAUAAAUUUCCUCUCAUCAGUUCAGAAUGAAAAAUUAUUGUCAAAUCACAUGUACUGCAGGCAACUUCUGAUGCACCAAUUCAAGCCAUCCAGAUGACGCAAAAUCAAAAGCAGGGAGCUACAAUGUUGACAAAGAAAAAUGAACAGGUAUGAGCCUAUUUACUGGUAUUUUAUACUUUACUACAUGCACUUCACAAGGGCGGAUUUGGGGGUGGGUAGAAGGGGCCCUGGCCACCCCUUUUUCUUUGAAAUUUUGUAGUAUUUUUAUAGAAUUCUCGCAAAAAUAUAAAGUAUUUAUAUAUAGCUGGCAAGUGGAAAACGGGCCUGGUCACCCCUUUCUGAAUUUUCUGGAUCCGCCCCUGCUUCAGAUGUUAGAAUGACCAUUGAAAUGGUGAAUUACUCUAUUUUAUAUGGCCACAUCAAUGAAAGAAUUUAAUAAAUCAGCUUUUGGAAAAUUAAAUGUCACUUUAAAAUUUUCAGAAUGAGUGUGUAAUAGUCAGAGAGACGGGUGAAAAUGAGAGGAAUGCCAAAGGACAUACAAUGGUAUGAGCUAGCACAUAAAGUCAUAUUUUAAAUUUUAUUCAUGUUACACAUUGAAUUCAAAUGAACUUUUGUCAAAAACAAAACCAAAAGGUUUUGAAAAGGGUUUUACAAAGCUUUAUGAAGUUAACAACUAAAAAAACUGACACUUGAAAAGAUUGAAAAAAGGUACUUACAAAACUAAUAACAAACAGGGUGUAUUCUACUAAACCUAUGAAUUAAUUUCUUACGUGCAAAAGUGAUCAAAGAGCAAAAUGUUAUUUGGAAAACUUCAAAAUAUUUCUUUGAAAACCAAGGGAAAAAUACAUUGGAAUUAUGUGUGUCUGAAAACGUUUGUCAAACAACCAUCAGUGUGGAAAAUUAUAUACAGUACGAACUUGCUAUAGAAGAGAAAGGGUUAGAGUCAAUGUACACCAUACACCCUGUAUCAUUGCAUAGUGUCAUUAAGGGACUUCAUAAUUGUUUCAUCAAAUAAUUUUAUUGUAUUCUGUACAAUGAAGAGCCGAUCAGUACAGUGAAAUGAACAUAUAUAAAUCAAUGAAUUAAUCGAUACUAACAUAUUGCCCACGGGGGAGGAGGCUGGCAUGUAUUGGCAAUAAAGGUAUGUGCUGCUGUGAAGGGUAUGAUUUUUAAGAAUGUAAGCCUGGGAUAGGAUUUAGGAACCUUAUUCAGAAAACUGAUCAAUUGGUUGGAAAGUUUAGACUAGACUAGGCAAACCAUAUAUAAGUUUAAACACUAAAAAUAUAAAGGAAACCAAUUUAAAUUUACCUGCAACUCAAUUUAGGUUGAACAUCAGUUACAGAAAUCUUUGCCUCGAGCUUCUGAUUCUGAUGAUGAUGAGAUCUAUUACGACUCAGAUGAAACUUUUGAUCCCAACCUCGAAGAACUGACCCAGAAGGAUUUCAGUGAUGAUGACUCAUUUCAUUUUGAGUCAUGGGUUGAACUGCAGUUACAGAAAUGCAGGGACAUUCAAAAUGAAUCUUUGCCACAGGCAUCUGAUUCUGAUGACUCAGAUGAAACUUUUGAUCCUGAGAUCGAGGUACCACACCAGAUGGCAUAGCUGUCAAUGCAAAUAUACAGGCACAACAGAAUUAAAUUUUGGAUAGAAAAAUGAAGAUGGUUACUCGAGUUUUGGCUUACUAAGCGGUCAUCAGAUUGUUCCAUUAGAAGUUACCAGUGUACGUAAAAUUUCAAUCACAUGAGUUAUAGAAAUUUUGAAAGAGAGAGAGAGAGAGAGAGAGAGAUUGUAACUCUCCUCAAGAUGAGAACUGAACUUAUCGCUAAAUGAUAGCAAGAGAAUACUUUCAGUAGAUACGAUUAACAGUAUCUCUAUGACCAACAUAAUUACAUUUUAUCUCUGCAUUAACUUCUGACUGCACAUACUAUCAAUCAUGGCUUAAAGCAUGAACGUGAUGAGUACACGGUGUUCAUUUUUCUUCUUAAAGUCAAUGAGGACAUUACACACUGGUACUCUGUUUUUAUGAUCAAUAAGCUGUUUGUUAUGGUUCACUUUUUUCCCUUGGUUUAAAUUGAGUGGGUUCAUUUGGAACAAUAAUAAUAAUAAUAAUAAUAAUAAUAAUAAUAAUAAUAAUAAUAAUGAUAAUGAUAAUAAUAAUAAAAUGAUCUUUACAGAGGAAGCUCCCAUCACAUUAAGUGGUUUUCAGGGAGGACCCCUGAUUAAGAUUAAGUAAUGUUGAAACUACUAAUAACAAUCAAAUCUAAAAAGCUAGUGGUUAUAAACUAAGUUAAAAGGCUAAAAAGGCUAGACAACUAAAAAUAUACAUAUGGCUGUCGCAUUUGCCUGUUGGAAUUUUUCAUUGUCUUGAUUGUCAACUUAUCAUCAUACAUUACCAUAUUUGAAUACUAAGGAAAUAAAAUUUAAACCAAGGAAACAAAUUGAAUCACAAGAUAUUUACAUAUACAUAAUUCUAUUAAAAUAAAGUGCCAAAGUUAUGUCCUCGUCAACUAUAAUCUGAAUGCUCAAUAGUUAAAAUAUAACAGAAUACAAGGAGCUAGACUGAAUUAAUGGCCUUGAACAUUAUUACUACUCAGAGUUUCAUGUAGGAUGAUUGCUUUGCAAGAAGCAUGAAACUCUAACUCACAACAAAUAUUCAAGACCACUCAGUUCCAUUAGUCUACUUAUAUUACAAUAUGUGUUUUAUGUAUUGUGUUUAUAAUUUUCCAUUUUUUUUUCAGGUUGCACAGCUGAAUACAUCCAGUGAAGAAGAGGUAAAAGUAUAAUUUAUUUCUAUUUACUGCUGUAUAUAAGAUUUUAGAUAGUGUGACUGAAAUGCUUUCAACCCUGAAAUGGAGGACACUGGAAGUAGGCGAACCAUAGUGUGCCUAUCUACAUGUAUGCUCUAUGAAAUGAGAUACAGGCUAGUCUCUCACGAAGAUGCCAAACUUGGCUUUUAUCCCAACAGAUGAUGUGACAUUGAAGACAAGUCUACUUAACCUAGAUCUGUCUUCAUGGGAAUGAAUAAAUAAAUAAAUAAAAACUGUUGAAUACUGUGGCUGUCUUUCUCAACAGACAGAAGAAAGUUGCUCUAUACUGAAGGAAACAGAGCUUACCCGGAUUGAAAAGUUCUCAAAAAAGUUCAGGUUUCCGAUACCACAGGAGUUCUCAUCUGGAAGAAGGCCAGCUCCUGCAGAAGUAAACAAGUUUAUCCGGGAAUGCGUAGCGUGCUUGCAAGCCCAAGAAGGCAUCACUCUAGGGACAGAAACACUGCGAAUGGGGGCCCAGGUGAUAUGCACUCGUGUUCCAAUCCUACAAGAUCCUAAGCCACCUGGUUUCCCCAAGGACAAGAUGUUUCCUUAUUGGGUUAAGUAUUGACAUUUUAUUGACUUAUUAACCUACAUUCACUAGCAGGCCACAUACAGUACUUGUUUUCAUAAAGUCUUGGGACGUGUGAUUCUUAUGUGUAAAUGAUGCACCUUCAAAGGAAUUGACAGAGUAUAACAUAAAUAUUUUGCAAUGGAAAUGAGGCAAAUCUAAAGAAUGAUUACAUGUAUGUGCUUUUGUUUCCUCCACUGACAUUUUCACUGAAGUCUUUUGGAUACCUUACUGUAAUGGGACCUUUGAGCCACUGGCCCUGGAAUGAUAAAGUGGCUUUGGAUAGACUACUUCAUUGAUCCUUUUGUCAAUUUCUUAUCAGUAAUGAAAGGGAGCAUUUACUUUAGCAGCCAUUAAAGCUGCCCGAUUAUUCUGAUAGAUAUUGUUGUACAGUAUUACAUAAAAUUUCAAUAACAGGAUGAAAAGAUAUAACUCCUGUCAGUGCUCAAGCACUAAAGGCUGGUUUUCACUAGUGACAGAGUCGGAGUCAGAGUUGUAGGCGAAGACGUAGAGCUUAUGAUCUAGUGAAAACAGCGUUCCAAUUCCGCUUACAACUCCGUCGCUUAUGUUCCUUCUUAAGAACUAGUGAAAACCAGACUGUCAGAGUUAGAAGCAGAAGCAGAGGAACAAAACCAAUCACAAAGCAUGGGAACGUGCAUUGCGAUAGGCUUAUCCUUCCGCUUCCGCUUCUGACUCUGACAAUCUGGUUUUCACUAGUUCAUAAGCGGAACGUAAACGACAGAGUCAGAGGAAAUGGAAAUGUUUUGAUUCUUCUAACCCUGAUUCCGUCGCGCUUAUGACUCCACUUACAACUCCAAUUUUUGAUUUUCACUAGGUCAUAAGCACUCGACUUACAACUCCACUUAUGACUCCGACUCCGUCGCUAGUGAAAACCAGCCUUAAGCAGUCAUCAAGAAAAAUAGUUCUACAAUAACAGAUUUCGGUUUGAACUUAGAAAUUUACUGCUCUUUCCAAAAACAUGCAAAUUCUGUCUGCAGUUUUCGUUGCCCUCAGUCACCUUAGUGGACCUUUAAGGAAACAUAACUUUACUUUAAUCAUGCAGUUCAAAUGGUCAUGGUUUGUGAUUAAUGUGACAGGUGGAUUUCAAUUUUUUUCGUGUUUUGGUGUUUCAAUUUUUGUUGCUUGUGCUUGUUAUAAUUUCUAUGAUUGAAAGCAACGAAAAAUGCAAUUGUGAAGGCAGCUUUUGAACUUCAGAGUUUGUAUGUUUUUGAAAAGUGAAGCACAAUUCAUGGACAAGAUUAGUUUGUAUGUUUAGUCUCAUUAUCUCACCAGCUUUAAGUUUUACAAGAAGAAUGCAAGUGCUAAUCAAUGCUCUUUAUGGCUUAUUAUUUCAAAUUUAUAGGCCAAUGUCUUGUAUAGCAUGAAGAGACGGCUAUACAAUUCAAAGUAUUAUUUCAACACAAACAAACAAAAAAAACCAUUGGCCAGCCUGGUCCAACCAGAUGAAAAAGAAGAAGAAAAGAUGUAUCAACAACUUGAGGCCGAGAUCAAAAGGGGGACAAGCCGAUGUUCAGCUAUUGAUAAGAUUGAAGAAAAAGAUGUCACCAAAGUGGUAAUGGAGCAGUACCCAUUUCUGGGAAAUGAGAAGGCAGUAAGUUAAAGUAUCAUUAAAUGAUUUAAACGAAAAAACCAAAAAAUGUAAGUAAUAUACACAUGCAGUUUUACUAAUAAUAGGACUAGUUAUUUCGGAUGGUCUUUGAAUACACGCAAGCAAAGCCGUGAGCUUAAGUGCCUUUUAGUAUAAGAUUAACCAUAAGAAAUACUUUUGGUUCAACUACAUACACUGGCUCAUUAAAAUCCAAUAGCCUUCCAUGUGGGAUGACAAACACUUAAACAGCCAGGGUUGGUUUGACCCUUAUAAGUUGUAUAUACACCCUGUACAUGCAUAUUAUUAUGUGAAUGUACUCUUAUAUGUAUGUAUGCAUGUAAUCUUCCAGUUAAUGGUCGAGAUGGAGCUGAGGACCAAGUGUAGGUUGACAGAUAUGAAGGAAAACUGGAAAGACUGCAAGGAAAGCCUCACAAGAAAUGUAUACAGGAUGGUUCACAUGAAAGUUCCAGACAAAGACCAAUGUGAUAUUCCAGGUAGCUUAAUAAUUUUCUGUGCAUGCCUUUUUUAUUUGCGGGCAACAAGAGGAGCCCACAAUCCUAAUCUCCAGUUUCUUUUUAUGCAUGCGUUGCAUGUAUGUAGCCAGCAUUCAUUUGGACUUCCACUAAUAAGAAUGAAUGGAAUGUACAGAAUGCAAUUCGGUCACAAGCGUCUCAGCCUUAAGUUCAAAUGCUGUUACUAUCUAUUUGUAGUACAAUCAGCCGAUUCAACUUGGUACAAUAAAGAACUUCUGCCAUCUAAAUGCUUGUUUUGUAUCCCUUCCUUAAAAGCCAAUUACAUACAGAGUGUAGAGCAAGCUCUUUAUAUAUUAUGCCAUUUUUCAGAUGAUGAAGAUGGAGCGCUUAUUAUGCAUUUAUCGGAUGUAUUUGGAUGUGAGCCGCUGUUUUAUUUCAUGGAUAAG